CAAUAAAGUUUGCGUGAAAUGCUGUAAAUAUGGUGAUGCUGGAUUAAAACUUCGUGGUGUGUGGCUUUCUGUCAAACAGGAACGAAGACCUUUCUUGGCAUCAGAGUGUAAUGAAUUGCCUAAAGCUGAGAAAUGGAGGCGACAGAUCAUUGGUGAAAUAUCCAAGAAAGUGGCACAGAUUCAAAAUGCCGGAUUAGGUGAAUUCAGAAUUCGGGACCUGAAUGAUGAAAUAAACAAACUUCUGAGGGAGAAGGGACACUGGGAAUUCAGAAUAAAGGAGCUGGGAGGUCCAGAUUAUGCUCGGAUUGGACCAAAAAUGUUAGAUCAUGAAGGGAAAGAAGUUCCAGGAAACAGAGGUUACAAAUAUUUUGGAGCUGCAAAGGAUUUACCAGGAGUUAGAGAACUUUUCGAAAAGGAGCCCCUCCCACCGCCCCGGAAGACUCGAGCUGAGCUGAUGAAGUCCAUUGAUGCAGAAUACUACGGGUACAGGGAUGAAGAUGAUGGUAUUCUGGAGCCACUGGAGCAAGAACAUGAAAAGAAAGGUGUGUGGGAUCCAGAACCUGCAGAAAUCAAUCCAAGAAGGAGUGCUGAUGGACUCUGAAGUUAUCUGUAACCAAAUCCCUGUUG